CAAACUUUAGCACAAACGAACAAAGGUAAUUAAGAAGAAGAAAAUUUGGGAAGAAAAGCAAAAGAAAGGAGAUGGUGCUUCCUGAUGAAGAAAUUUCGAGGCUCUACCGAAUCAGGAAGACGGUGAUGCAGAUGCUGAGGGACAGAGGCUACCUUGUGGGAGACUUCGAAAUCAACAUGUCCAAGCACGAGUUCAAAUCCAAGUACGGCGAGCACAUGAAGCGCGAGGACCUCGUCAUCAACAAGUCCAAGAAGGACAACUCCGGCGAUCAGAUCUACGUCUUUUUCCCGGAAGAGGCUAAGGUCGGCGUCAAAACCAUGAAGACUUACACUGAGCGUAUGAACUCCGAAAACGUCUACAGAGCCAUUCUCGUCACUCAGACUAACCUCACCCCCUUCGCCAGAACCUCCAUUAGCACAAUCUCUUCCCAAUUUUACUUGGAGGUUUUUCAGGAGGCAGAGCUGCUGGUGAAUAUUACAGAGCAUGUGCUUGUCCCUAAACAUCAGCUUCUCACCGAUGCUGAGAAGAAAACCUUGCUUGAGAGAUAUACUGUGAAAGAAACUCAGCUACCUAGGAUUCAGGUGACAGAUCCUGUAGCAAGAUAUUAUGGAUUGAAACGUGGUCAAGUUGUGAAGAUUAUUCGGCCGAGUGAAACUGCUGGAAGAUAUGUUACAUAUAGAUUUGUUGUAUAAGAAUGUUAUAACUUAUUGACUACAUUACUUUUUAGGAUAUGUUUCAUAGUAAUGGACAGAGAUGUGAAGCUUGUGGAUUCAAAGUCCCAUUUUUAUAUCGAAAUUGAUUGAUGCUGUUAUGAACA